AUGAGGAACAUAAACUCGGAAUAUUAAGUAGGAAAAAUGAUUUCAUGCGGAACAUUUGGUUAGGUGUUUGAAGGCAUUCAUAUCUUAAAAAAAACAAAAGUUGUGAUUAAAAGAGAAAUCGGUAAUAGGAAAACACUGAAAUAGGAGAAAAAAAUGCUUAAAACGUUAUAAGGAAUUAUUGGAGUACCUUAAUUGUAUUUUUAUGGUGUGCUUGAUGGAGCUAAUAUUAUUAUCCUAGAAAAUCUAGAAAGUGAUUUAGCAGUGCUGAAGCGAGCUCACGGUAAAUUCACUUUAAAAACAGUUUUAUAAAUAGCCCUACAAUCAAUAGGGAUUCUUUCGUAAAUUCAUGCUAGGAAGAUUAUUCAUAGAGAUUUAAAACCAGAAAAUAUUAUGGUAGGUGGACAAUAAAAAGGACAGAUUUAUAUUAUUGAUUAUGGAAUCAGUAAAUUUUAUAUGAACAAAGGAUAGUUAAUUCCAUUUCGAAAAGAUAAAUACUUUGUUGGCACAAUCAAAUAUGCAUCUUUGGCUUCACAUUUAGGAUAUGAAUAAUCACCAAAAGAUGAUAUUGAAUCAUUAUUAUAUGUAUUAGUGGAAUUAUUUAAUGGACAAUUACCAUGGGAAGAAUAUCAGAAUGUAGAAGCGACUGGAAAACUCAAAUAGUAAAUAACAGAUUCUUAAUUAUUUAAAGGAUUGCCAUAAUAAUUUAAUUAAAUAUAUUUGUAAUGCGAUAUUAAUAUUUUUAGGUACAUUAGAAAAUUACCUUAUCAUCAAAAUCCCAAUUAUGAAUAUAUUACAAAAGUUUUUCUAAGUAUAGCCACAGAUUUAAAUAUAAAUAUAGAUCAAUUUUACGAAUGGAAUAAAUAUGAUGCUUAACUUUUAAAUACAUUUAACAUUCUUAAAUAGUAAUUUAGUCCUACUAAUCCAUGGAUAAAUGAUAGCCAAGUGAAUUAUGAAUCAGAAGAGGAGGAAGAAGAAACCAUCUAAUAGAAAUUGUCAAAAAUCAAUAUUUUAUUAGAAUUUGAAAAUCCUUUAAUAUGAGCUUUUAUUAUUUAUCAAAUUCAAAUGAUUUCC